AUGGAUCCACAAGAGCUUGUGCCAUUGGAGGCGGGCCUGGCGAACCGCCCACGACCAACUCGCCAGAUCAGUCAAUUUACUUCAAGAUCCUGCUAUCAGGUGCCAAUCAAACUCUGUAGAAUGCUGGCUCUGAUGAUCGUCGUUCCUUGUUUAUUCAUCUUCGUGCCACUGUAUAUGAAAUACCGAGUGUUCUCCGGCCAGAUGUACCCGAUGAGCAUGACUGAUAUGAGAUUGAUCGAUAGCAGAAUAUCACCGACUUGGUGUCAGCGCCAAGUGGUGAAGUCGAACGCCACGUUCAACGCGUUCGUGGUGCCGGGACCUCCGGCCUUCGCUGAUGAACUGGUGCCCGUAUCCAUGACACGGGAAUUGGAGUUGGAAGACGAUAUGAAAGAAUACUGGGGAUUUUAUCUUUUGAAAGGAUCUAGUGUGACCGUUUCCACUUGUGUCAGAUGGCCAGGAGCAUCCCUCAUCAUGAUCAAAGGCUACAAACACCUUCAGGAAUGCGCGUAUAUCGGAGACAACUCAUCCGAGGAAUUGGACGAGUUAUACGAGGCAUACGAACUAGGUCUCCUCUCGAAUACUACGCUACUGCAGAAAGUGCAAGAGUUAAAGAAAGUGGACGGGAAAGCCAAUGAUCCAGGAACCAUGAAACGGCACAAAGCUGGUGUGAGCUUUCACGACCCAAAGCAAAUGGCCAAUAUGACUUCUUCGGACCCUGUUCCUAGUAUCGAUGUUACGGAUCACGAUCCAAAGGAGCUGAGAGAAAUCCUCGAACGUCUUCACGCAAUCAGGCAGGCCGCUAAAGAUGAACAGCUGAAGUACUUCCACCCGCCAUCACACCUCAUGGCCCUUCCAGCUCUUCAUCGACACAGAGAUGCUAACGUAGACCGAGACGAGAGGAAAUGGUUGUCUUUUAAAGACAUAGACGGAAAUAACAGUGAUCACGUCAUCGCUACGACAACCAUGAAACCGCUUAACAGAACUAAGGAAGUAGGAAAUCCAGUUAAAACAGACAAUAACGCAAUGAACAAAUCUGAACAAACAACCGAGAUUGUUAAAGAUAUAGAAACUGCAACAAAUAAAACAAUUGCAAAUGAUAAUAAAACCGUGAUUGUGACGGAAAAUUAUGAAGCGCCUACAACGUUAAAUGUGAAAUUGGAUUUUCAAACGCCUGAAAUGGAAACUAACAAUGGCGGAGUUAACUCAAAGGAAGUGUUUGAGGACGUCCUAAAACAACUCCAAGCGCUGGGUGAUAGAGGGAAGAGGGUCCUAUUCCGACUGCACAAAUCCAUGGGCGUAGAUUUUGAGGCGGAGAGGUUGAACAAGUCCGUGAUAAUGUCAAAAGUGACCGGCAGUGACGAGGAACUGGAUCGGCUGCGACAAGUACUGGUGGAAGCAAUCGAUGAAGAAAAGAACAGGAGUCAGAGACAACAAAGACGCCGUGACGCAAGAGAGGAAGCCAGAGCUAAAAGAGAGCUGAUGCUCGGUCAGGUCGAGUUACAGAAAGAGUUCAAUGAAGACGACGAGGCAAGGAAUACCGCUGUUGAAGAGGGUCUAUCGCCAGAUGGGUACGCGGAACACCACAGUCAAGUGAACGAGACGACUGCCCUCGACAUGUCCAACUCUGAGUUCUGGUCGUCGUUCUCCAGCAGCGAGGAGGCGCUGCUGCAGUGCGCGGGGCUGGUGCUCAACCUACCGCUCACGCCGCACCCCGGCUGCACUGCGGACCGACACGACCAGGAUGCUGCCAGGGCUAACGCACUCACUUACAGAGUGCCAGCGAACGGGUACUACUUCUUCGUGUUCAGCUCGGAGAACGAAGUGCAACGGAACUUCAUCCGGGCGCGGUUCGAGCUGCAGAAGACGCGCUACGACGUGGCGCGCACCGCGCUGCGCGAGUGCACCAACACCACGCGCCGCUGCGACCUGCCGCUAGACAUCUUCUCCUCGCAGCGGGUAAUCCUCGAAGUGCCGCUGCGUAACAACGACUCCCUCUGGAACGAACAGUUCGUAAUUAUCUCGGAAUGUGAACCCCGGACCUCGAUCUACUUGGUGUGCGUUAUAGCUGUGCCUAUACUCAUUUUAGUCUUUGCCUUCCAGUAG